AUGUCUUCUUUGACUAUUAUAUUGUAGUUUAGUCAGAGACCCAUGCAUCUAAAAUGCUUGUUUUUCCGAAUUAAUUAUUCAUACAGUUGGCUAACGCAGACUAAUAAGGCUUGUAAAAGCUGACUUUGAAUACGUCUCUCAUUUACGAGCGUACAUAUCCAACCAUCAACUACAAUAUAAAACACAACUAAGCGAUGUAAAAAGACAUAACGAAAAGAAUUCGACCAAUCCAAAAAGGAAAAAGAAAGACAGAAGAGAAAUGAUGUUUGAGUCUCCAAGCAAGAAGAGAUGGAAGUUGUUAUCAUCAUCUUCAUCUUAUAGAGAGACAAUUGUGCUUGGAAGAUAUAGUAAAAGUUGCAGAGAGCAGAAGCAACAAGGAAGAAGAUCUAUUGAAGAGAGACGCUCGCCGAAGUGGAAAGUUCUGUUGAGGAAGCUCAAGUUGUUGCCUUCUCCUAGAUUCACAAAGGUCACAGCUUAUGAGCUUGACGAUUACUCUUUGAAUUUUGAUCAAGGGCCCGGAUGGCACGACCACGAUGAGCCCGAUAAUCUUGCUAGGUCUUUCUCUUCUCGGUUUGCUGAUCCCACCAGGAAUAUUAGAGCAACACGCUUGCUCUUGUAUUAAGUUGUUAUUUAUUUUAUUUUUUCCCUUUGUUUUUCUCUUUUCAAUGAUGAGAUUAUACACUAGCUGUUCGAAUUGUAAAAAAUGAUUAAAAAUGUUAGCCUGAUUA